AUGACCCUGAAUUUUGUUCUAAACACGACCUCAUGGGAAGGCCUGAACUCCAUUUCCAACUCCUCAGGAGUGCACAAAAAUCCUUUGACCUUCCAAAACAUCACUUAUGUUGAUUUCUACCUCCACAAGCCCUCAGUUGCUGCAGUCUUCACUGUGUCCUACCUGCUUAUCUUCCUGGUGUGCAUGGUGGGCAAUGGGGUGGUGUGUUUCAUUGUGCUGCGCAGCAAAAACAUGCGCACGGUCACCAACCUGUUUAUUCUCAACCUCGCCAUCAGUGACCUGCUUGUUGGCAUCUUCUGCAUGCCAACCACACUGGUGGACAACGUCAUAACAGGCUGGCCAUUUGGUCGGGUAGUUUGUAAGCUAAGUGGGAUGGUUCAAGGCAUAUCUGUGUCAGCAUCUGUGUUUACUCUGGUGGCAAUAGCUAUUGAUAGGUUCCGCUGCAUUGUUUACCCUUUCAAGCAGAAGCUGACCAUUGCCACCUCAAAACUAAUAAUUGUCAUCAUUUGGGUCCUGGCUGUGGCCAUAAUGUGUCCUUCAGGCAUCAUGCUCCAGGUCACAAAAGAGCAGAGGGUGCGAAUAGUCCUCGGCAGCACCAACGACACCCGUCCCUUCUACUGGUGUCGCGAAAAUUGGCCCAAUCAGGAAAUGCGGAAAAUCUACACUACUGUCCUCUUUGCUAACAUCUACCUUGCUCCUCUUAGCCUCAUUGUAAUCAUGUACGCUCGCAUUGGUUACACGCUCUUCAAGACCACUAUCUCACCUGUUAGGGGCAGUGGGAGUGAGUCUCUAGAAGGUAGUGGCAACAACAAGUCAAGCAUGGAAGGUCGUCAGACAAUCACAAGGAAGAAGAAGCGAGUCAUUAUGAUGCUGCUCGUUGUGGCUCUGCUCUUCAUCUUAUCCUGGCUGCCUCUGUGGACCCUGAUGAUGCUGAGCGACUACAUCAGCCUGACACAGCAUCAGUAUCGUGUCAUUAAUAUUUACAUGUAUCCCUUAGCUCAUUGGCUGGCUUUCUCAAACAGCAGCAUCAACCCCAUCAUCUACGGAUUCUUCAAUGAGAACUUCCGCAGAGGCUUCCAGGCAGCAUUCAAAUUCCAGCUGUGCUCUGCUGACAUUCUGCGCCAGAGGACUUACUCCCAUCGGAUCAGAGGAAAUGCUGUGGUCCCCCUACGACCUGUUGCCCCCAGCAGAUCAGGCUCUGGAGUUGGAUCGGGGUUAGUGGGAAACAGGAAGAGCUCAAGUCAGGAGGAAGAGUGCUUGUCUGGUAAAAAUGACAUCAAAGAACAAGAUGUGAUCAUGGAAGACCUGAAAAGGGUGUCCAAGAUUUAG